AUGGCUGUGGCCAGUGGCGAGGGGCUGGCGCGGACCCCGCUCCUGCCAGCCGGCGCUGCCCUGGCCCUGCUCGGCGUCCUGGUCUACCUGGGCGCCCUGUGCGCUGCCUGCAGACGCAAGGGCAGGAAGAAGAAGGUCCCUGCAGACGGGGUGAAGCUGGUGGACGAGUCCCUGCUCAGACAGACGCAGCUGCGGUCGCUCAGCAAGUCGGACACGAAGCUGCACGAGCUGUACCGGGUGAAGGCCAGGGAUGACACCCAGCGGCCGGCCAGCCUGGAUUUCCCCUGCGCCGCGUCCCCCCCCUCCGCCAGCUCCCUGCACAGCUCCAGCAUCAGCAUCCUCCUGCACCGCGAGCUGCCCCAGAUCCCCGUCCCUGAGCCCCCGGCCCCCGACCAGACCUACUCCAACCUGCUCUUCACCCCCCUGCGGAAGCCGGUGCCAGACACCGUCUACGAGUGCCUGGCAGUGGGGGGCGAGGAUGCCCCUAUGCCCCCCGCACCCACCAGCACCCAAGUGUCUCCUCCACGUGCCGGGCACGGCGCCGCCGAUUACGCCUGUGUCCGCAAGGUGAAGAAGACAGUGCCGGCGGAGGUUCAGGAUAGGGCCCCGGCAGGGCCUUCUGCAGCCCCGCGGUGCUGGGAUGGCGCGGGCGAUGCCCCCCGGGUGAAGCUGGAAGAGAUGUACUCGACAGUGUGCAAAGCCACCAAGAAGAAAACGCAGGUGCCCGCAUCGUCCCCGAGGGCCGCGAGGGAGGCGGGUGCUGGGAGACAGCCCCCCUGCCAGGAGGAGGGUGCCCUGGCUGGGUGCCGGUCCCCGGCAGCUCAAGCCCCCCCCGACCCCUGUUACGAGUCCAUCAGCGACAGAGCCUGGACUGCACAGGGCCGCGACCCGGACUACGAAGCCGUGGACGCUAACUGGAAGAAGGCAGCGAAACGGGACAAGCCGGGGAAGCCCUGUGCCCCCGAGAACCUGUACGAGAGCGUCGGCGACAUUUGGGCGGGGGAGUCCCGGCGAGCCUCUGCCAGGGUGGCGGCCAACGGGCUGGAGGUGUACAUCACCAACCUAUAG